AAUUGCAAUCAGAUGUUUCCGAAAUCAACAACCAUGGUUUCCCAAGCGUUGAUUGUGGCGUUGCUGUUCACCCUUGCAACGGGCGAGGUUCAGGACAGUAAGUUUAUCAACUCCCUCAAGGACAACUCUCGGCUGAAGAGACAAGCAUCUUACGGAUCAAGCUACUACUACUCUCCGUCGUCUAGCUACAAUGGUUCAUCAAGCUACUACAACUCACCAUCGUCUAGCUACUAUGGUUACUCCAGCUACUACUACUCUCCGUCGUCUAGCUACUAUGGUUCAUCAAGCUACUACAACUCACCAUCGUCUAGCUACUAUGGUUACUCCAGCUACUACUACUCUCCGUCGUCUAGCUACUAUGGUUCAUCAAGCUACUACAACUCACCAUCGUCUAGCUACUAUGGUUACUCCAGCUACUACUACUCUCCGUCGUCUAGCUACUAUGGUUCAUCAAGCUACUACAACUCACCAUCGUCUAGCUACUAUGGUUACUCCAGCUACUACUACUCUCCGUCGUCUAGCUACUAUGGUUCAUCAAGCUACUACAACUCACCAUCAUCUAGCUACUAUGGUUACUCCAGCUACUACUACUCACCAUCGUCUAGCUACUAUGGUUCAUCAAGCUACUACAACUCACCAUCGUCCAGCUACUAUGGUUACUCUAGCUACUACUACUCCCCCUCGUCCAGUUACUAUGGUUACUCCAGCUACUACUACUCACCAUCGUCUAGCUACUAUGGUUCAUCAAGCUACUACAACUCACCAUCGUCCAGCUACUAUGGUUACUCUAGCUACUACUACUCCCCCUCGUCCAGUUACUAUGGUUACUCCAGCUACUACUACUCACCAUCGUCUAGCUACUAUGGUUACUCAAGCUACUACUACUCCCCCUCGUCCAGUUACUAUGGUUACUCCAGCUACUACUACUCACCAUCGUCUAGCUACUAUGGUUACUCAAGCUACUACUACUCUCCAUCGUCCAGUUACUAUGGUUACUCUAGCUACUACUACUCCCCCUCGUCCAGUUACUAUGGUUACUCUAGCUACUACUACUCUCCAUCGUCUAGUUACUAUGGUUACUCAAGCUACUACUACUCCCCCUCGUCCAGUUACUAUGGUUACUCAAGCUACUACUACUCGCCAUCGUCUAGCUACUAUUACGACAAUGGGAAAACGCUCACUGCUGAUGAAAAGGUCCUGAUACUCAACUAUGUGAACGAUGUCGAGAACGAGGCUGUUGAGGCAAAGAAUGCUGCUGAAGAGACGGUUGCGGACAUCGAACAACUCAUCCAAGUCGCCAAGAACCUGUUGAACUAAUGGAUUCACUACGAGCCUGACGGUGGACCUUGAUAGCAAGACAAGUCCAAACCACGGAUGUAGCGUUCAUUAAACGUGUGCCCGUCA